ACGUGCUGCUCGCACAGUUUGCAAACCUGCCUGCGACUGAAGUCCCAGAGCUCUCCAGAAACCCGCACGCGCUGGGAGCCAGCAUGUCAGCUGCGGUCCUGGAGAACGGAGGCUUUGACAAGACACUCAGCGACUUUGGACAGGAAACAAGCUAUAUUGAAGACAACUCCAAUCAAAACGGUGCCAUAUCACUGAUCUUCUCACUCAAAGAAGAAGUUGGUGCGCUGGCCAGAGUCUUACGUUUAUUCGAGGAGAAUGAUAUAAACCUGACCCACAUUGAAUCAAGACCUUCACGUUUAAAGAAAGAUGAGUAUGAAUUUUUCACCUAUCUGGAUAAACGCAGCAUGCCCACUCUGGCAAACAUCAUCAAGAUCUUGAGGCAGGACAUUGGUGCCACCGUGCACGAGCUUUCCCGGGAUAAGAAGAAGGACACGGUGCCCUGGUUCCCCAGAACCAUUCAAGAGCUCGACAGAUUUGCCAAUCAGAUUCUCAGCUACGGAGCAGAACUGGACGCAGACCACCCUGGAUUUAAAGAUCCUGUGUACCGAGCCAGACGGAAGCACUUUGCUGACAUUGCCUGCAGCUAUCGCCAUGGGCAGCCCAUCCCUCGCGUGGAAUAUACGGAGGAAGAAAAGAAAACCUGGGGCACGGUGUUCAGGACCCUGAAGUCCUUGUACAAAACCCACGCUUGCUAUGAGCACAACCACAUUUUCCCACUUCUGGAAAAGUACUGUGGCUUCCGCGAAGAUAACAUUCCCCAGCUGGAAGAGGUUUCUCAAUUUCUGCAGACUUGCACUGGUUUCCGCCUCCGACCUGUGGCUGGUCUGCUUUCCUCUCGGGAUUUCUUGGGUGGCCUGGCCUUUCGAGUCUUCCACUGCACUCAGUACAUCAGACACGGGUCCAAGCCCAUGUAUACACCCGAACCUGACAUCUGCCAUGAGCUGUUGGGACACGUACCCUUGUUUUCAGAUCGCAGCUUUGCCCAAUUUUCCCAGGAAAUCGGCCUCGCUUCUCUGGGUGCACCUGAUGAGUACAUUGAGAAACUUGCAACAAUUUACUGGUUUACUGUGGAGUUUGGGCUCUGCAAGCAAGGAGACUCCAUAAAGGCAUAUGGUGCUGGGCUCCUAUCAUCCUUUGGUGAAUUACAGUACUGCUUGUCAGGCAAGCCGAAGCUUCUUCCUCUGGAACUGGAGAAGACCGCUGUCCAGGAGUACACAAUCACGGAGUUCCAGCCCCUCUAUUACGUGGCUGAGAGUUUUAAUGAUGCCAAGGAGAAAGUGAGGAACUUUGCCGCUACGAUCCCACGGCCCUUCUUGGUCCGUUAUGAUCCAUACACCCAAAGGAUUGAGGUCCUGGACAAUACCCAGCAACUUAGGAUUUUGGCUGACUCCAUCAACAGUGAAAUUGGAAUCCUUUGCAGUGCCCUCCAGAAAUUAAAGUGAAGCCAUGGACAGAACCUUGAUCUGUCAACUGAGAAUCUCUUAAUGGAAAUCCAACUACUUCUUUCAUUUCAUCUGAAAAAGUCUGAAAAGCAAACCUUAAUUUGAAAUGACAGCCUUAAAUCCUUUCUAGAUCAAGAUGGGGGAAUCAACAAAUAAAUCAAAAUAAUCUGAAAUGACAACAUAUUAAUACAUACCCCAAAGCAUAAUGGUGGAUCUUUUGGGAUCAUCUGUGAUUUAGAGAUGAUAGUCUCAUUCUCUUGAUUGAGUUAAUAACAAUAACCUGUCACAUUUCAUCAAGGUUAAUGAAAAUUUGGGACCUGCUUCAUUCAACCUUUCUAAAUACUUUCAUUACUUGCUGUAGAGAAUUCCUAUAGGAGUAUAUAUAUCAUUUAAUGUGAAACACGUCUGUCAGAUUUGAAUAUUUGGAUUUAAUAUAAAUUCUAACCUACAAAGAUCAUUUUCUAUUUCAGGGAACUAUGAUUCUAAUUACUGCUUUGUUAUUUUGCCUAUGUAGAUUUUCUUUAAUUCAGGAGCCUAUUAAAAUAGUUAUAAAUAUUAAAGUUCAUAGUGGAAAAUCAAAAUA